ACCGUGAAUUCCCCAUAAGCGUGGUCCUUUCUUGUCGCCGUUAUCCCUCAUUCCGAUCGAAUUCCUUCUCACUCAGAUACAGACUUUGAGACCCAAGAACCAGCGAUCUAAUGCUAUAACAGGUAUAUCAGUUGAUGGCUCUGAUAGUGGAAGCAAUGCUUUAAAAGUUAUGAUAUAGUUGCAACAUAUUGCUUGGUGAGAAUAUAUACAUUUAUAUGGCAGAUGGUAUGUCAAGCUUUUGGGGCCCGGUCACAUCUUCACAUGAAUGGUGUGAGAAGAAUUAUGUAUUUUCUUCCUACGUUGCGGAAUUUUACAAUACCAUCUCAAACGUCCCAUGCAUUCUUUUGGCACUCAUUGGCCUUCUAAGUUCAUUGCUACAACGGUUUGAGAAGAGAUUUAGUGUCCUACACUUGUCAAAUAUGGCACUUGCUAUUGGAAGCAUGAUGUAUCAUGCGACACUACAACAUGUGCAACAGCAAAGUGAUGAAACUCCGAUGGUAUGGGAAAUGCUCCUCUAUAUCUAUAUCCUUUAUUCACCAGAUUGGCAUUACCGUAGCACCAUGCCCACAUUUCUCUUCCUCUACGGCGUCUCUUUUGCCGUUCUCCAUUCCGUCAUCCGUUUCGAUAUCGGCUUCAAGGUUCAUUAUGUGAUGCUGUGUCUGUUAUGCAUUCCGCGGGUUUACAAAUAUUACAUAUACACACAAGAUAUGUCCGCUAAAAGGCUCGCAAAAUUCUAUCUCGCUACCCUUUUCAUCGGUAGUUUAUGUUGGUUAGGUGAUCGGUUUUGCUGCACCCAGAUAUCCCGUUGGCCGGUCAACCCGCAAGGUCAUGCAUUGUGGCAUGUUUUCAUGGGCUUCAAUUCCUAUUUCGCAAACACGUUCUUGAUGUUUUGCCGUGCCCAACAAAGAGAAUGGAGCCCGAAAGUCGUUCAUUUUAUGGGAAUUCUUCCGUAUGUGAGGAUCGAGAAACCAAAGACACAGUAAGAUGACGGUGGUCUUUGUUUCGGGAUUCGGAGGUAGAUACGGGUUUUUUGGACCGACAACGAUAGCAGGUAACAUCUCAUAUUUUCUUUGAUUGAUUUGGUUUAUCUUUAAUAUGGUUUUUGGAAGUAUGAUUUGACAAGAAAGAUUAGGUUUUUGUGAACUCUUUCUAGUUUGUGAAAGUAGAAUGUUUGUGUACCAUAAAUACCUUCUAAUGCUUUUGUUAAGGUUUUAUGACACAAUUGAAAGGAUUGUACUUCUUAUAAAACUUGUAGCUUCCUUUUGCAACAAACUUAACUUUUUAACA